AUGGAUAAUCUUUUUACAAGCAUAAAAUUGUUUAACACUCUUAAGGAUCAUGGAAUAUGGGCUGUUGGAACCAUUCGUAAUAACCGCUUGCAUGGUGCUGAAAAAGUAAUGUUUAAAAAAAAAGAACAAGAAAAUAUGGGACGUGGCUCAUUAGAUUACCGGGUCGAUUUUAAUUCUAACAUAACAGUUAUACGUUGGAUGGAUAAUGGAGUGGUACAACUAGCAUCUACAUUUAUUGGUCCAUCAAUAGGAGAUUCAAUUAAUCGCUGGUCUAGCAAAGACAAAGUUGUUGUAAAAGUGUCUUGCCCAGAUAUGAUACAUCAGUAUAAUAAGCAUAUGGGUGGGGUUGACUUAUCAAUAGUGAAUGGUUGGAUUUUAUAUAAAAGGCAUUGUAAACAAAAUGGAUAUCCCAGGAAAAAUAUAAUUCAAUUAUUAGAGUUCCAAACACGCAUCGCAGAUUCUUUAUUAAGAGAAAAAAAAGUUUCUCGAGGCAGACCAAGAAGUGAUACACCUGUUGUAAAAAAAAAACGCUGCGCAGUAAAUGCUCCAGCUAAGGAAAUCUGCUUAGACAAUGUUGGUCACUUGCCUAACUUUUCUGAAAAACAGCAACGAUGCAAACAUUGCAAGUGUGGGUAUAGUCGUAUUUUUUGUGAAAAAUAUCAAAAUACAUCAACAGAUGUUAAAUUUCAUCAAUAA